CGCCAAGAUUAAUUACCGAAUGAGACUAUAAAAGCGAUUGUCUUCGGUCAGUGUUCAUCAUUCUCCGUUCCUGUGUUUCUGAGUGCACUCAAAGGACAGCAGAAAAGACCGAGACAAUGGCUCACAUCAAGAUGAUCAUCGCGCUCGCCUGUCUGGCUGUCGCACGUGCCCAGUACGGCGGUUCUCAGAGCUACUCCGGUAGCCAGUCCUACCCCAGCGGUAGCCAGUCCUACUCCAGUGGUAGCAACUACGGUUCCAGUCCCUCCAACUACGGAAGCAGCUACGCCCAGAGCUACCCCACCUACUCUGUCCCUAGCUACUCCUCACAAUCCAACAACUACGGCGGCAACUCCUACGGUAGCCAAUCAUAUGGAGCUGACUACAACUUGGGCAGAUACCCAUGCGGCCAAAACGAUGACGGCAAAACCUACGCCAUCGUCGGUGCUUGCUACGGAUAUUUCGAGUGCUACUACGGUGAGGCUCUCUACCGUCAGUGCAAUGACUACUACAGGUUCGAGGCUGGCAAAUGUGUGCCCGACAAAUACUGCAAAUAUGUUGCUCCAGUUGUAAGCUACGACAAUUCUUAUGGUAGCUCAUACGGCUCAUCCGGAAACUCAUACGGCUCUGGAUCAUACGGCUCAUCCGGAAACUCAUACGGAUCUGGUUCCUCAUACGGCUCAUCCAGCAACACCUAUGCUCCAUCCGGUAGCUCAUACGGCUCAUCUGGAAACUCAUAUGGAUCUGGUUCCUCAUACGGCUCAUCCAGCAACACCUAUGCUCCAUCCGGUAGCUCAUACGGCUCAUCCAGCAACACCUAUGCUCCAUCCGGUAGCUCAUACGGCUCAUCCGGAAACUCAUACGGAUCUGGUUCCUCAUACGGCUCAUCCAGCAACACCUAUGCUCCAUCCGGCAGCUCAUACGGAUCUGGAUCAUCCUAUGGCUCAUCCAGCAACACCUAUGCUCCAUCCGGUAGCUCAUACGGCUCAUCCAGCAACACCUAUGCUCCAUCCGGUAGCUCAUACGGCUCAUCCAGCAACACCUAUGCACCAUCCGGUAGCUCAUACGGCUCAUCCAGCAACACCUAUGCUCCAUCCGGUAGCUCAUACGGCUCAUCCAGCAACACCUAUGCUCCAUCCGGUAGCUCAUACGGCUCUGGUUCCUCCUACGGCUCUGGAAACACCUACGGUGGAAACUAUGGUAGCCAAUCAAACAGCUACAGCUCCAGUUCAUACGAUAACAACGGCGUCUACAACUGUGGUUACAAUGAUGAUGGUAAGACCUACUCCAUCCCCUACGCUUGCUACGGCUACUACGUCUGCGUUUACGGCGAGGCCCUCUACCGCCAGUGUGAUGACUACUACAGAUUCGAGAACGGCAAAUGUGUGCCCGACCAGUCCUGCAAAUAUGUUGCCCCAGUAGUCAGCUACGGCUCAUCUUAUGGCUCAUCCGGUAGCAACUACGGCUCAUCCGGUAGCAACUACGGCUCAUCCGGAAGCAACUACGGCUCAUCAAGCAACUACGGUAGCUCAGGUUAUUAAACGACAGCAAACUGCAAGACGGGACGAUGAUGAUGAAGAUAGAAGCCAAAGACAUUCACGCUACAAGUGACUAACGUUUUAUAAACGUCCAUUAGACAGUGUCAAGAUCUGCUGUGUUAAGGCAUCAAUAAAUUAUUUUCAAAAAAUUAA